GCCGGUGCAGCAGAAGCCGCAGCAGCAGCCUGGCGUUACUGCUGCAGGCAGGGGCUUUGCUGGGAGCGGGAUCGACACGCCACAAGGCUGCGCGGACAGUCCCAACUUGAGGCGAUCCAGAGAUCCCUCUCUGCCUGCCAAGGCCAUGAAGCCAGGCUCCCCCUGAAGCUGCUGGUGCCAGGGCCACCUUUCCCUCCUCCUCCUGCUGCUGUUCAAGGCGUGUCUUGUUGUCCUUCCAGGUGAUGCUGCAGCAAUGGAAACUUCUGAAGUAAUUGUAAGCAGCUGCAGUUCUCAUGAUGAUGAAAACCUUUACAGUUAUAAGCAGCGUCCAUCAAUAUGUCAGGGAUUGCUCCUAGAAGAUCAGCUGAGAAGGAAACUGAAAUUUUUCUUCAUGAACCCCUGUGAAAAAUUCUGGGCUCGAGGGAGGAAACCUUGGAAGCUUGGCAUUCAACUUCUGAAAAUCGCAAUGGUUACUAUCCAGCUAGUAGUUUUUGGAUUAAGUAACCAGAUGGUGGUUGCAUUUAAAGAAGAAAACACCAUGGCUUUUAAACAUCUCUUCCUGAAAGGCUAUACAGACAAAUUGGAUGACACCUAUGCAGUGUAUACACAAACUGAUGUCUAUGACCAAAUCUCCUUUGCAGUAAACCAGUAUCGCCAGCUGAAGAAUAUAUCUCUUGGUACACUUGGUUAUGAACAAGAUGAAGAUGACUUGACAGGCUUACAGAUAUGCAAACAGCAAUACAGGAAAGGCACAAUGCUUCCAUCCAAUGAUACCCUGCACAUAGACAGCACUAUUGAAACAGAAUGCAUCCACCUAGACCCUAAGGAACUGGCUGCUAAAGAAACAAGUGACUUGAAAAACUCACCGUUUUUCCGCCUUGAGUUUUAUAGGCUCAUACAGGUUGACAUCUCUUUUAAACUAAAAGGCAUUGACCUGCAAACCAUUCACGACCGUGAACUGCCUGACUGUUAUGAAUUUGAGAAUACUAUUACUUUUAACAAUAGAGCCCAUAGUGGUAAAAUGAAAAUAUUUUUUGAUACUGAUGCUGACAUUGAAGAAUGUAAAGACUGGAAUAUCUCUGGCUCAAUUCAAAAAAAUACACAAUACACCUUGGUUUUUGAUGGGUUCGUCAUUGUGAGCUGCAUCGCUUCCCUUAUUCUUUGUACACGGUCUAUUAUACUUGCUCUAAAACUACAAAAGAGAUUUGUGAAUUUCUUCUUGGAGAAAUAUAAACGCCAUGUAUGCAGCGCAGAUCGCCUAGAAUUCAUAAAUGGAUGGUAUGUCCUGGUGAUUAUUAGUGAUAUGAUGACUAUCAUUGGCUCUAUAAUGAAAAUGGAAAUAAAAGCCAAGAAUCUUACAAGCUAUGAUGUUUGCAGUAUUUUGCUUGGUACAUCUACUCUACUUGUUUGGGUUGGAGUCAUUCGGUACUUGGGUUACUUCCAGACUUACAAUGUGCUGAUAUUAACAAUGCAAGCCUCCUUGCCCAAAGUUCUUAGGUUCUGUUGUUGUGCUGGAAUGAUAUAUCUUGGCUAUACUUUCUGUGGCUGGAUUGUUCUAGGACCAUAUCAUGAAAAGUUUGAAGAUCUUAACACAGUAGCGGAGUGUCUGUUUUCUCUCGUCAAUGGUGAUGACAUGUUUGCGACAUUUGCUCAAAUCCAGCAGAAAAGUACUUUAGUUUGGCUCUUCAGUCGACUCUACCUGUACUCCUUCAUUAGCCUCUUCAUAUAUAUGAUCCUUAGCCUUUUUAUCGCUCUUAUUACAGAUGCUUACGACACCAUUAAGAAAUACCAACAAAUUGGUGCUCCAUCUACAGAUCUUCAUGAAUUUCUAAAACAAUGCAGCAGUGAAGAAUACAGCACAAGACCACAGACAUCUAUGAGCUUCUGUUGCUGUAGGAGACAGAAAAGUGAUGACGACAUGAUACUUAUUAACUGAAGACAGGUGGUGCUGGCUUACAUUAUUGCAAAAAAAUGGUCAAGAAAAAAAAACAGUUGGGCAAAGCUACUCUUGAAAGCGGACCCUCUUGAAUUGCAGUGGAGCAUGGCAUGUGCACAUGUCUUUUCUACGAACUAGUGACCUUAACUUAUGUCGAGGAAAGAGAAGCAGCAAUGCCUUCCUGCCAUCCACAGCGGGAGGCUCACAAACUACAUUGAGCAGGCCUUGAAUGAACAGCUGAUGACCUUGUUGCAAGACCUGAUCUCAAGAGGCACUUUAAAUGAAUGUCAAAGUGUUAAGUAUCUCUUGGUCACUACUCAGUUGUAACCUGCUCUCUAGAUAUUUUUAUAUUAAAAUAUUUAAAUAAAAAAAUGAAACGAAAUGCACUUCUUAAACACAAAAUAAUGCAAUUGGUGGUAACUGUAGCUUUUUGUUUUAAGUUUGCAUUUGGUUUCAAGGUAUUCCCUUCAAACAUGACUUAUUUGUUAAAUGUAUGCAAAUCUAGCACUAUACAUAACUUUUGCUUUUCUUCUUUUUCUUAUAGUCUACUUUUUGGUUUACUAAGGUGACUUAAAGCUGUCCAGAUAUUUAAGAUUCACUUGGUUGUAUAUGCAUGUUUUUCUAAAAACAAACUAGAUUUCAACGGGCUUGGGAGGUUUUUCUUUGUGUGACUUGAACACAGGUUUGCUCUUGUUAUCCCCUUAAUCCCAGUGAAGGCUGAAGUCCUAUGCAUACCUUAUAAUUCCAUGGCACUUAGACUGUAGAUGGGCUUUACUCUUCAAUAAUCAUGAAUAGGACUGGCAAAUGUCACAAUAUCAACUGCAACAUAUUCUGGUAAAUUCACAUGAUUUUAUCUUGGGAAGGACAGAGUAUCUGACUUGCUCUUUGCAAUAUGGCAAUGUAGUACACAUUUCGUUCAUUUUAAAUAAAUAAAUAACAGUCCCACUAUAUGGAACAACCUAACCAUCCACAGUUGUGGCAGUUGGUAGUUUCUCUGACAGUAGGAUUGUGAAUCUACGCUAGGUUUUAGUCUAAAUUUUAAAGGAGCUAUCCAAGGUGCUAGACCUGUUUUGUAGAAAUGUAGAAAUGCUGUGGUUGGCUUGCAUAAAGUUGAAGACACAAACUUGAAGUGGAUUCUCAACCAUCCGACAGACAUGGAAGCCACUAACCACUGCUGAGCCAUGCUGUAUAUCACUUCUUGAAAAAUAACAAUAAUGUGGGAAUAGUUCAUCUCAUUUUUGAGCCAAUUUGAACCCUUCUAGGCUGCAUCUGCAUGGCAGAAAUAAUGCAGUUUGACAUCACUUUAACUGCCAUGGCUCAAUGCUAUGGAAUUUGAGAUUUGUAGUUUGAUGUCGGCACCAAAGUUCUCUAACAGAGAAGACUGAAUAUCUCUCAGAACUACAAAUCCCAGAAUUCCAUAGCAUUGAGCCAUGGCAGUUAAAGUGGUAUCACUUCUUGGUUUCUAUACUGCAGAUAAGGCCCUAGUCACUUAUGCCUGGAGGACAGUUCAACAUGUCUAGGAGAGAAAACUUGCCUGCAAAUCCCAAGUCAUUGGUGUGCAGUGGGGCAAAACUCCCUCAGAAACUGUUGGAACAAGUCAGUCCUGGGCAGUAGCUGUCUCCCAUGCUUUGAUUCCUUCCCUUUGUGUUAUAGACAUUCUACAUCAUCAGGGAGGAGGGAUUGGGAUGUUGAAAGCUUUGUAUCUGGGAAGAGGCUCAGUGAAUGGAAGAAAAAGAAAUCAGGAGGAUUGUUUUCUAGCUGGGCUUUUCAGGCAGGUCUCAUGAACUUGUACUGUUCCUUUCCCCAAGCUCAGUGAGAUCUCUUGUGAUAUACCUACUGCCUGCCUCCCCUAGCCAAGGAAUUCUAGGCACCGCAGCCUUGUAAAGCAGCCAGAGCCCUCUGCCAGAAAUUCUUAGUGUAUUCAAAAACCACAAUGCAUAGUUCUUCCAGUAACCAUUAAUUCUUUUAUUCUGCUUUAGAUUUUGGAAUGUAUAUCUGUCGCUUAUCUGUAGCUUGUCUUCUAGUCUGACAUUUACUGUCCAAUAAAGGAGGAGAUGGGAAAGUGUCCGUUUUCUGUGUUUGGGUGGUGAUUUGGUUUGGUACCUUAUAAAUGUUUAUCCUGUCCUCUAGUGUAAAUAUUUCGUAGAGCGUGUUACAGGAUAGUGCCUGUUCACAGACUGUUGAAAACUUAGUCCAUGCUAUUCUGUAUCAUGAAAUUGGUGUGUGGGGGUGUGAGGAAGGAAAAGCAAGUGGGAUUUUAGGUAGCAAAUAUAGUAUUUCUCCCUGAUAGUCUUUUUAAAAAACUUACUGUCAACAUUAAAAUGCCCUUUAGAAGCUAGAAGGACUUUAGUAUGCUGUUCCUAAUGUAGGAAGGAGGUACUAUCAUUUCUGUCACUGAAGAGGUUUUCUCCCUGUUGGCAUCCAGUUACUGAAAUGAGUUGUAAUUCAGCUAUGAAUCAUUUUAAAAGGCCAUAGGAGUGUAAGUUGUUAAUUCUAAUUGAUGUGGUGGAAAUGACUGAGCACUCAGAAAAAAGAGAGCAUUAGCUGUAAUGGGGCAUAAUAGACAAUGAAUCUUCCAAAGUGAGAAGGUGAAAUAGCUCUGCACACCACAGACAAUUUCCCCUGAAGUAACUGGAUUCACUAGUUCAUUUCAACAAUGCAAAUGGCAAGCAAGUGGUUUGAAAACUGGAGAGAGAAAAAACCACCUAGGUGGG